AAGAGGUGCAGGUGGUGAAAUCACUGUUCCAUGUCCUGAAACCAAUGGAAAAGUGCUGAAGAAAUUGCAAGAAAAAGUUUUGUCAGGCGAAAUCAAUGUUGGGGAGCUAAUAGUGCCAAGAAAGGUAAUUAAAUCGCAAUAGUUAUAUAAAAUUAUCAGGUUUUAGACAUUUUAAAUAACUGGAAAUUAUUUCAAAAAAUAUUAAAAUAUUAAUAUACCACUGAAAAUCAAUUCAAAUAUACUGUACCAGUAGUCAGAUUUAUGUACAGUAGUAAUAAUUAAUAAAAGGAAAUUAUAGUUUAGAGAUUGCAAUAGUUUUUGUGAUUCUUAUUCCUAAAUACUGGUAUUGAAGUAGAAGAGCUAGUACUGUAAAUGUUAAUAAAAUAGUAAAGGUUCACAGUAGAUUUAAACUGUUUGCAUUUUACCUGUGAGCUAGUUUUAAUUAAAAUCAAAUAAUCUUUCAUUCUUGUUUAGUAUGAGAAGCUAGUGCUCAAAGAGGAUGGUUCAAUCGAGAAGUCUUCCUUUUUUGUGGAAGGACGCAAAUGCCCACUGGUUGAGAUCAGGAGAAGAAAGCUACACGAGUUGGAGAAAUAUAUGCGAAUUAAUGAUAAAAAAGAUGUGGAUAGCAUGAGUGUGACAGAAGUUGAGAACGGGUUGACAAUGCUGAAUGAGAGAAAAGAGGGUGAGGAUGAAAUAGAGAUGAGAGUGCGGCUAAGGGUAAUGGUAAGAACACGGCAUCUACUAGUAUGGCAUGACCUAUCUACAGUAGCGAACCAUUCUCACCUUGUCUUUAUGGCAACCUGCUUAUAUGACCAAGCCAAAUUCUACACCAACAGUGAAUAUGAAGCCAUCACUGAGAAAAAAGUAAAUAUCCAGUCAUUAGUUGAAGCACUAAGUCUGUACAUUGUAGCAAGGUCCUCAUCCUGUGAUGAAGAUCAAUUAUGUUACAUUGAGACCAGACUUGACUGUUUAGAGGAACUCUCAGACCCCACUACUACAACCACUGGUGUACCUGUUGCAGACAAGAUAAGGUUUUCCCACGGUGACAGUCCUUCUCGUCAAUAUGAAGCUGGUCAACAGAAAGGUGGGAAUUUCUACUGUGCCAUGUGUGGUGCCAAUGCUCAUCGGGUGCAUGAACUUGAUUAUGUGUUUCGUUGCCCACAUGUAUCACUGGAGGAUCGACAACAGUUGGUGUUUAAAGGUCCACAUGGUAAAGCAAAUUCUUUGGCAAAGUCAAAUAAACCUUUCCAUGGAUUAACAAAACCCAACUUGAUCAGGGAGUUGAAUGCCAGAUCAAUCUACUGUAUGAAGGAGAAAAAAAGAAAGAAUUAGAGGAUCUCUUGAAGGAUGAGCUGCAUGGAGUUCAAAGAGUACCAGCCCUACUUUUCACCAGUCCCAAUAAAACCUUAGAGUCAAUUAACUGUGCUGGUUAUGAGAUUCUAGGUUUUGAACCCCUCCACGACAUUGGGAAGCAUAUCGAAAAUCUAUUUUGUGAGCUACCAGACCAUCUGCCAACCAAUGAAGCUUCUAAGUUGAAGGCUAUUCUUCAAUUGUGCAUUGGGGGGAAAGACACAAAGCGAACCAUUGAUUACCGCUGUGCUUUGAUUGUUGUUUCAAAUCAGCUUAGAGGCUCCGUUAAUCCAAAGGUUCAAUUGUUGCUUGACACCCUUGUUGAAAUUCAAGAAGUAGCCUACAACUCAGAAGAGCACAGAACACCACGAUCAGUUCUGAGAUCUCAUAACCUUACCUGGCGUCACGCAAUGUUGUGCAGGUCAGUUAUCGGGUUUUCCUUGAAGCAAAUGUCAACACGAAAGUUUUACGGUAACUACUUCCACAACAUUUCAGCACAUGCACCAAUCCAGAACAGACUGAUAAGCGGCCGAUCUGCAAACACCGAAGAACAGGAACGAGUAUUCAAUAGCAUCAACAACAUAACCCGAAUGACAUCUUCUAACCAUCCCGAGCACAUCAUUGGCAACGUCUUUAUCCGAGUCCAGGCUGAAAAGGAAUUGAAAGCUGAACAACCAUCAACCUCUCACACACAAGAAGCUCAUGUUUCCAAACUUGCAUCUUCUCUUCCAAAUUUUGGAAACACUGUUAUUCCUAAACAGAUGCUAGUAAGUAAUUUCAGACCUUGGCAAGCUCAUCUUGAAAGGAUCUGUGAUUUCUUAUUAGCAGGUGAAGGAAUUUGGUGGAGAACAUGCAACAAUGGUGACAUUGAGUUUUUUGAUGCGAAGGGAAAUCCUGAAGCAGUUCCUCAAGGACCGACCUUGCACCAUUUCCGCUCCAGCAACUUUAAAAAAGAGGAAGCUUACUUAAAGCACUGUUGGCAAACAUGCUUAAAGAAAAAAAUAGAAAUGCCAGUCAAAGUACUUCAGAUUGAAAAUGCCGAAGGUAACAUGGUAUUUAUGGAUACAAACCAGGAGAGGGAAGGUAUGGAAGUUGGAUGUGCAGGGAGGGCCAUCGUUGGUCAAGGUUGUACGCCAGAAAGUGAAGAUAUUGGUGUUGUUGAUGAGAGUGUGGUUGGAUGUGAUGCAGUAGUUGGUUGUGAUGCUGAGUUAGGUUGUGAUGCUGUGGUUGCAGGUGGUGAUGAUGUGGUUGGUUGUGAUGAUAUUGUAGAAACAGGUGAGCUAGAAGUGGAUGUUGAAUAUAAUGUAAGGUUAGUUGAGGUUUCUGAAGAUAAUGUUGUUUGUUUUGAGAAUGAUCAUCAGGGUGAAGCUAAUGAAACUGGUUCAAAUUCUGAAGCAAACACUAUGAAACCAAAAAAUAGGGAUAAAGGUACUUGUACCAAUAUUUGUAUUACAGUACUGUAAUUAUUGUUCUAUUAUCCACAAAUAGCCUUAAGUUAAUUAAAUAGCUAUUUCAAUUUAAUAAUCGGGUGUGAAUAUUUCUUUGCCUACUUUGAUUAAACACAUUUGGUCUUGUUUAUUUCUAGGAGACGAUAUGAAACAGACAGCACAGACAAAACAAGGACAAAAAUUAGGAUAUAUUUUAGGACUGACCGAGGAUGUGUUGCAGUUUGAUAAGGCAAGAAAAGAAUUACGGGCUUCACCCCAAAACACGGAACUCAUAAACAAAUACUUACACGUCUUACCAGUCAUGGAAACCAAGUUACUGCACGAACAGACUAACAUCAAACAACAGCUGAAGAACAUCGAGCGGCAACACGUUCAUAAGAAUGGUACACUACUGACAACGAAAACCUUGUUAAAAGAUCCAACUUCGAAACUGCUGAUGGACAAAUUGAAAUACUGUAAAGCCUUAACGGAUCAGUGGAAAGUAGAAAGAAAAUGA